CUUCAUAAAGGCGUGGUGGCGUUACUCCGCAAUCGCCGGCAGCCUAUGACAUCAGCCAGGAACGCCUGGGAUGCCGCGGCUCCUGGCAGGCCUCAAGGGAGGAGGGUCCUGCCGGCUAAGAGUUAAUUAGCCCCGCAGAGCGAGGGGGGAGGCGCCAGUUUUCAGGGGACACCGGCUGCCACUGUAUGUUCUCCUACCCAGGGGAGCUCACAGAGAGUUGGAUGAAUUCUGGGUUGUUAACUGCGGUCAGCUGGGCUCCCGGGAGCCUGUUCCUGGUGGAAAACAGGGGGCGUCUGGCAAAGGGACCAGCGGCUUGCUGAGACGCACCAUGACACUUCUGGGGUCUGAGCAUUCUUUGCUGAUUAGAAGCAAGUUCAGAUCAGUUUUACAGUUACGACUUCAACGGAGAAGGACCCAGGAGCAACUGGCUAACCAAGGCUUAAUACCACCACUGAAAACUCCAACUGCAUUCCAUGAGCAAAGAAAAAAUUUGGAUAGUAGCAAGACUGAAGAUUCCCUUAGGCGAAAGGGCAGGAGCAAGUCUGACCGGGCUGACUUGGUUAAUAUGCACAUACUCCAAGCCUCCACCACGGAGAGGUCCAUUCCAACUGCUCAGAUGAAGCUGAAAAGAGCCCGCCUUGCUGACGAUCUCAAUGAAAAGAUUGCUCUCCGACCAGGGCCUCUGGAACUGGUGGAAAAGAACAUCCUCCCUGUAGAUUCUGCUGUGAAAGAAGCCAUAAAAGGCACUCAGGUGAGUUUCCCCAAGUCAGAGGAUGCGUUUGCCUUUGAAGAGGACAGCAGCAGCGAUGGGCUUUCCCCAGAUCAGACACGGAGCGAAGACCCCCACAGCUCAGUGGGGUCUCCCCCAGAUGCUAAAGCCAGCGAGGCCUCUGUGGCAGGCUCUCUGGGAACAAUCCAGGAUCUUUCUUCUGGCUCAGAAAAUGACAAGAAUGACUCAGCCUCCCAGUCCAGCCACCAGUCAGACCCAGGGAAGCAGGGCCUCGGCCCGCUCAGUGCCUCUCUGCCUGUACAUGCUGCCGUGAAGUCCAAGUCCUUGGGUGACAGUAAGAACCGCCACAAGAAACCCAAGGACCCCAAGCCAAAAGUAAAGAAGCUCAAGUAUCACCAGUACAUUCCCCCAGACCAGAAGGCAGAGAAGUCCCCGCCGCCCAUGGACUCAGCCUACGCCCGGCUGCUCCAGCAGCAGCAGCUCUUCCUACAGCUCCAGAUCCUCAGCCAGCAGCAGCAGCACCGGUUCAGCUACCCAGGGAUGCACCAAGCACAACUCAAAGAACCAAAUGAACAGAUGGGCAGAAAUCCCAGCUCCUCUUCAACACCACUGGGCAACACUCCUCUGUCCCCUGUCAAAAGCAGUUUUCCUGGACAAACUGGCGUCUCUUCUCUCAAACCAGGCCCACUCCCACCUAACCUGGAUGAUCUCAAGGUCUCUGAAUUAAGACAACAGCUUCGAAUACGGGGCUUGCCCGUGUCAGGCACGAAGACAGCUCUCAUGGACCGGCUUCGGCCCUUCCAGGACUGUUCUGGCAACCCUGUGCCCAACUUCGGGGACAUCACAACUGUCACCUUUCCCGUUACUCCCAACACUCUGCCCAGUUAUCAGUCCCCGCCUUCCACCAGCGCCUUAUCCAACGGCUUGUACCACUUCGGCAGCACCAGCUCCAGCCCCCCGAUCUCCCCUGCCUCGUCUGACCUGUCAGUGGCCGGGUCCCUGCCUGACACCUUCAAUGAGGCGUCCCCGUCCUUCGGCCUGCACCCGUCCCCGGUGCAUGUCUGCGCCGAGGAGAGUCACGUGAGCAGCCUGAAUGGGGGCUCGGGCCCUCCCGAGCUGGACGGGCUGGACUCCGAGAAGGACAAGAUGCUGGUGGAGAAGCAGAAGGUGAUCAACGAGCUCACCUGGAAACUGCAGCAGGAGCAGCGGCAGGUGGAGGAGCUGAGGAUGCAGCUGCAGAAACAGAAGAGCAGUAACUGCGCCGAGAAGAAGCCGCUGCCGUUCCUGACGGCCCCCAUCAAGCAGGAGGAGGCCGCCUCCAGCUGCCCGUUCACCUCGCAGCAGAUACACGCCAAGUCACAGAGCCACAGCCCUGAGAGUCAGCCACAGGCCCGCGAAGCUGCUCACCUCCUGCCGCUCGGCAGCGCCCCGUGUGCGGAGUCCUCGGGUCCAACCAGCGUGCUUCCCUCCACGUUUCUCAGCCCCCAGUGCUCCCCGCAGCACUCGCCCCUCGGAGCUGUGAAGAGCCCGCAACACAUCAGUCUGCCCCCCUCGCCCAACAGCCACUACUUCCUGCCUUCGUCCUCCGGGGCUCCGGGAGAAGGACACAAGGUGCCCUCGCCCAGCAGCCAGGUGUGCGCCACGCAGAAUUCAGGAGCACAUGAUGGCCAUCCUCCAAAUUUCUCUCCCCAGUCUUCUGGCCUCCACACUCCUUUCUCUGGAGCCCAGACAGACAGCAGUCAAGGUGCUGGAGUCAACCCUUAUCCCAAAAGCCCAGGUGUACAGCCAAAGAUAGCUGGUUUACAUUCUUCUGAUAAGGUGGGGCCAAAAUUUUCAAUGCCAUCUCCAACUUUUUCCACAUCAAAUUCAACAGUUUCAGAGAUAACACAGCCUCCGUCCUAUGAAGAUGCAGUAAAGCAGCAAAUGACUCGGAGUCAGCAGAUGGAUGAGCUCCUGGAUGUUCUCAUUGAAAGUGGAGAAAUGCCAGCUGAUGCCAGAGGAGAUCAUUCAUGUCUUCAGAAACUCCCAAAGAUACCAGGGUCCUCUCGCAGCCCUACCAUCAUCCUCCCCAAGCCCUCAGCUUCCUUUGAACAAGCAACUUCUGGAGGCCAGCUCUCCUUUGAUCACUAUGUCACUGACAGCGAUGAGCACCUAGAAGUCUUACUAAAUUCCCACAGUCCCUUAGGAAAGGUGAGUGAUGUCACCCUUCUCAAAAUUGGGGGUGAGGAGCCACCUUUCGAUGGGAUCAUGGAUGGCUUUGCUGGGAAGGCAGCGGAAGACAUCUUCAGCACACACGAGAUCCUGCCAGGCCCCCUUUCCCCGAUGCAGACACAGUUCUCACCCUCUUCAGUGGACAGCAGUGGGCUGCAACUAAGCUUCACUGAGUCUCCUUGGGAAACCAUGGAGUGGCUGGACCUCACCCCACCCAGUUCCACACCAAGCUUCAGCUCCCUCACCAGCAGUGGCCCCAGCAUCUUCAACAUUGACUUCCUGGAUGUCACCGAUCUCAAUUUGAAUUCCCCCAUGGACCUUCACUUGCAGCAGUGGUAGAAUGCUUGGCACACAAGUGCUAAGGAAGACUAACAGGAAUUCCGUGGGGGAGAAUGCGUGGCCAUAUAUACUUACAUUAUGCAAGAAGAAGACUGAAGAGAAGCAAGGAGAAUUCUGCGCCAACCAACAAGAACAAAUAGGAGUCAUUUAUAUAUAUAUAUAUAAUGUGGUAUUUACCAACAUUCAGUAACUGUUAAUCAUUUCAACAACGCAUUCAAAACUAUGCUUUCUCAGAUUAAGGAUGCCAAAGAAAAUACUUUCACUGCCUUUUCAAAUACCAACUUUUUUUUUCUAGCCCAUACUUUUUCUCAGGCAUUGGUGGGGCAUAAGUUCACACUGUAAGCUUUUGGCAUGACUUUAUUAGACAUGCUGUGGGGGAAAAAAAAGCAUUAAAAGUCUUUGGAGAAUACAGGGAAGAUUGUUCUUCAAAGGUUACAGAGGACAUAGCCACAGUGGAGCUCACUUCCCAUAUCUCAGUUAUCUGUCUUUCAAAACAGCAGCCAGGUCCAGCUUCAGCUGGAGACUCUUUAAGGCAGAAUCAAGGGGCAGAACCAAUGCAUUCCCAGAAAAGUAAAUUCAAUUUUAUACCCCUCACUGCCCCACUAGAGUGGUUCCAACCCAAGACUUUGUGGCUAUUCAUAACAAUUAAUUAACUCCACCUAGAACAUUUUUCCUUUUUCAACCAGUAGCCCAGACAUUCCCACCAUCUCCAUUCUGAUAAGCAUUGUUUAAUAGGUGAGAACCUUGAACAGGAAAACUUCCUGCCGUAAGAGAUACCUUUCAUUCUCCAUCACAACCCACUUUAAUUCCAAAGACUAGACAUAAACAGACAAGGAUAUCUCUAGGCAGAAGAAGCUAAAUCAGGGGAAUUUAAAUAGGACUAGAAAACAACACUGUUUUGCAUAUCCUAGGAAUAAAUACCAUGUAUUACUGUUCCAGGGCUGUUACUUACAGAGGUCCAACUUCUUUUGUUUUUUAAUUGUGGAAAGAGGAGGGGGUCCACCUCAAUAUAUCUUUGUUCUCUAUUUGUCUUUCAAAACAGUAAUCCUUUCUUGCUCUUCUUUUGACAAUUUUUUUGUACUAGCAUGAGAGGGGAGGACUUCUCUGUUCUAACAAGCCAUGUUUUUUAGAGUUGAAAGUCCAAGUUCUCCUGCAGAUCUCAUUUCUCAUACAUACAGUUCACUGCAAAAUGAAGUCAUAAGAAAUUCCUUAGGAAGAAACUGGUGACUUCAUCCCCAGGUCACAAAGCUUCUUCUGCUCUCAUUUGGUGUAUAAGCAAUCUUUGAUUUUUGUUCCUCUGGGGAAAUUGGAAGUCACUAUUUUACAGGUUUGUGGUGUUGGAAAUCAUUAUAAAUAUGAGUGAUAUUUACUGGAGAGAGUGUAUUUCGGGUCUGGGUGUUAAGAAAGCACAACUGUACAUUGAAAAUGAUAAAAGAAAAACAAACAGACCAUGGUCUAAUGAGCAUUCCUCAUUACCUCUUGUGCUUUGGCAGGGAGUUGGGAAAAAACUUAAAUUGUAGGACAGUUUCUUUAAGGCUCACUGUGGCUCCGGUUCACCAUUUUAUAAUGUUGCAUGUGUAGAAUGUAGCUAUUGCUGUUUUUGUUUUUAAUUUAAGUCACUGAGGCACUGUUUUCUUCUUUUGUAAAAAGAAUUGUUCACUGUGCACUUAUAGAGAAAAUAAUCAAAAAAUGUUGUGAUUUUAGAAGUUCUCUUUUUGAUAACCAGAAAUUUAGAAAUCAUUCCAUUAUCGUUAGCUUGUAAAAAUGUGUGAACGUAGAGUGAUUUUGGUGACUGCUACUCUGAAAGCUGCCAGAUCUUAUUCAGGGGAUGGAUGCAUUGCUCUAUAGACAUGUGCAUAUAAGUGUGUACACAUGUACACACAUACAUAUGUAUGCAUACGUAUUCAUGUGUGUGUGUGCAUGUGUCUCGAAAAUCAGUGUUACAGAGUUCUGUACCAAAAACCUUUAACCUUCAAACUGCUGUGAAUGAUACCUUACCUUUCUCACUAGGAGUUUCUGAUUAACCAACCAGACUACACGUUGCCUCUCUGUGUAUGACAAAGGGCUACACAGCCCAAUGACUCACAGCCACUUGCUUGCCGUGAACAGGCUCCUCUUGGCAAUGAUAUGAAUGUGAAAAGACAGAAUGGUCUCACCAUUAGUUGCUGCCAAUGGUAAUACAGUCUCUUGUAGAAGAAUUUUAUAAAGAAAUAUGGAAAUUGCUUUACAUUCCUUGAUCUGCACUAUGCUUGAAACAAUCUGCAUGGUAAAUUUUUUAUUUUGCUUCUAUGUCAGUUUUCAGAACCAAAAAUCUAGAGGAAAAAAUUACCAUGAAGAUAAAGCAAUGGGGAAGAGACCUUUAAUGACACAUUCCAUGUAUUGGUUUAUUCCUCAGAUGUGAUGUUUGAGUUAGGUCUGGACAAAGCUUGCUGUUAGCACAUGUUUCAGGUGUCACAUUAUGCUAUUCGUAUGUUAUUUUCUCCUCUUACUUCCUUUGGAAAACAAACUCCCAUGGUGUCCCUAUUCUGAGAUGUUGGUCUCAGUGUUAAUCAUUUUCUCCAAUUGGGUAUUUCUAUCUGAGGGAUUAAACCUGGUUAGGAAACCUCUAUACUUGGCUAGACUGUGCCUUUUCACUGGGAUAUUUUUAGGCUAUUUCCCAAGUCUAAUAUACAAGCCUCACAGCAGACAAAAGACAGGAUGAUUCCUCUUUGCUACUGCAGACCUACAGAGUGAAAAGAGCAGAUCCCUGGGGAAUUGGUCUUAGCUUUUUCUCCAUCUCUACACACCAUAGUCACCCUGCAUAGCUCUGAUGAGAGGCUGAGGGAGAAAACUGAAGGUACUUUAGAGGGAAUCAGUGAAGACGCCUGUUCUCUGUGGAUCAUUGGGAAUUCAUCUGUCUGCUGCUGGGUAUUUUUUCUUUAAAUUCUCAUUAACAGUUCUGACCUCUUUUGUAGUGACAAGUCAGGCAUGACCAAAAGGUGGGCAAAAAGUGGCUACAUGCAAGUUUAAUGUUUCUUGAUCCUAAAGAUAACCACAUGUAGUUAAGACCCCCGAAGUCCUCAUGAUGAUGCAGAUAUGCAGACCUUUGCAGCCAUCCCUAAUGUUUCUGCAGCCUAGUAGAGUCGUCCAUAUCCAAUGCAGGCAGAAAAGUCAUCUGUGCAAGUACUCUCCAUAAGCCUGUGGUGUUAGUAGCUCCUAGCAAUGUUAUUGAGAUAGUACAUGUUCUAUCAUAGGGGUAGAGAGGGUGAGAGAGAGAAGAAAGGAAGAAGAGUGGGAGGAAGAGAAGAAAGGAGAAAGGAAGGUUGAGAGGCAAGG